CUUUGUCUUCUUUCUUGCGCAAAAGGUCAGAACCCAACAAACGAGACGGAAAAAAGGAAAUAAUAAAAAAAAACAAAGGAAGGAGCCCGCGACCGCGAGAUGGCGAUGGCGAGCUUGGCGAGGAGGCGCGCGGCGGAUGCGUUGCUCCUGCGGCGGCCGCAGGCGGCGGCGUGGGCGUCGGCGCUGAGGGGGUACGCAGCGUCGGGGGAGGAGAGCGACGUGGUGGUGAUCGGCGGUGGGCCCGGCGGGUACGUGGCGGCGAUCAAGGCGGCGCAGAUGGGGCUCAAGACCACCUGCAUCGAGAAGCGGGGCACACUGGGCGGCACCUGCCUCAACGUCGGCUGCAUCCCGUCCAAGGCUCUUCUUCAUUCGUCACACAUGUACCAUGAGGCAAAGAAUUCUUUUGCACACCAUGGUGUGAAGUUUUCCAAUCUUGAAAUGGAUCUGCCUGCCAUGAUGGCGCAGAAAGACAAGGCUGUCGCUGGUCUUACAAAAGGUAUUGAAGGCCUGUUCAAGAAGAACAAAGUUGACUACGUGAAAGGAUUUGGGAAGUUGGUCUCCCCUUCAGAGGUAUCUGUGGACCUGAUUGAUGGCGGGAGUGCUACUGUGAAAGGAAAGAACAUUAUUAUCGCUACUGGCUCAGAUGUAAAAUCUCUCCCUGGAGUUACAAUAGAUGAGAAAAAGAUUGUAUCAUCUACUGGUGCUCUUGCCCUUACAGAAACACCAAAGAAACUGGUUGUUAUUGGAGCUGGAUAUAUAGGUUUAGAGAUGGGUUCUGUCUGGAACAGGCUAGGGUCUGAUGUCACUGUUGUGGAAUUUGCUCCUGAUAUUGUCCCAUCAAUGGAUGGAGAAAUUAGGAAGCAGUUCCAACGAAUGUUGGAGAAGCAAAAAAUGAAGUUCAUGCUCAAGACAAAGGUAGUUGGGGUUGACACUUCUGGGAGUGGUGUCAAGUUAACUGUGGAGCCUGCAGCUGGUGGAGAGCAAAGUGUGCUGGAUGCUGAUAUUGUCCUCGUAUCUGCUGGCAGAACCCCAUACACUGCUGGUCUUGGGUUGGACACCAUUGGUGUUGAGACAGACAAGGGUGGAAGGAUCCUUGUCGAUAAGCGCUUUAUGACAAAUGUUAAGGGGGUCUAUGCGAUUGGUGAUGCGAUACCUGGACCCAUGCUUGCACACAAAGCUGAAGAAGAUGGGGUUGCAUGCGUUGAGUUCAUCGCGGGGAAGGAAGGCCAUGUAGACUAUGACACUGUACCUGGUGUGGUGUACACGCACCCUGAGGUGGCCUCUGUUGGCAAGACAGAGGAACAGGUGAAGGCAUCAGGAGUGGCCUACCAGGUUGGGAAGUUCCCCUUGAUCGCAAACAGUCGCGCAAAAGCGAUUGAUGACGCUGAAGGGUUGGUGAAGGUAGUGGCUGAGAAGGAGACUGACAGAAUCCUCGGCGUACACAUCAUGGCCCCCAAUGCUGGUGAAAUCAUCCAUGAGGCCGUGCUUGCACUUCAGUAUGGAGCGUCAAGUGAAGACAUUGCCCGCACAUGUCACGCACAUCCGACGGUGAGCGAGGCCCUGAAGGAGGCUUGCAUGCAGACUUACCAGAAGGCUAUCCACAUCUGAUUCCAGAUAUUAUUCUAUUGCCUGCUCAAAACACUUCCCAAGAUUUUGAAAUAAUUUUAGAUCGGCACGGUCUUGAAAACAUCUAGUUUUUAUCGCUUUUUUCCUUGGCGAAACUGUGAAUGGGCUCCUUUGCCGCAGAAUAUAGUGUACGCUGUUAAAUUCUCUACCCAUUCUUCCUGCUGCAUUUGCCCCCACUCCCUAAUAAUGUGUCAAAACUGCAGUUUUCUUCUUUGCUGCUUCUGCACCAGAUCGAUUCGUAGAAACCUGGUGUGGGUCUGUACACCUUAGACUAGAGUUUCAUUUCUGUUGAUACCUGGGAGGAGAACACCAUGAUGGUAUCCCCUUUUGCACUGGAUUUGUGCCUUCCAUCCACUGCACUAUUUGAUUUUAGUGUCUUGUGUGAAUGGAUUAUGGAUGUUCUUUUUAAUAAUGGCAUUAAUUUCCUA